GUCUUUCCAGGCGACCAUAGCCCGAACUUCUUCCCCCCCUCGGACAAGGUGUCCCCAGAAGGUCCAGAUGCGUUCCAGUAUGUUGCGACGCCCCAAUCUUUUGCCAUCCUUACGUUCUUUGAGGAGCUCAAGGAGACCCUCCGCUUGCUGAAGAAGGAGGCUGGGAGGGAGACGAUGUCGCUCCAGGACAUAAAGUUCUUUGCUCUUCUCCCCAACUCGAGCGGCACUGCAUGGUUGGAGCUCCCACAGACCUUUGAUCUUCGGCGGCCCGAGGGCUGGUUCAUGUCAGAAGUGCUCCCCCGGAUCGAGCGCAGGCAGGAGCGCAUGCUGUGGCGUCUCACCUGGGAAGGAGGUCGUGGUGGCAAGCCUUCGGCGUCAGCCCAUGCGGGAGGUGAUCAUCAUUCGGAGCCUCCGUCGAAGCCCUCGUUGCGGAGCCUGUGGGGGCCCAAGCUCACCAACGAAGAGGUCAACCGCGCGAAGGAGCGAGCCCCUCUGGAUAAGGAGGGGGAGCUGCUGUGCUGGGGAGCGCUGACCCACAUGGGCUGCAACAACCUCUCGCACCACGACCUUCAAGGGAAACUCGAGGGUUUGGACCCGUGUGUGCAGAUGCAGCUUCUUCGUCGAGGCGGGCUGCGCCGCAUGAAACCGGAGACCAAGGAGAGCGCCACAGAGAAGAUCAAAGCGCUGCGGACGGCGGUGGCAAAGGACCGGGCCAGCAAGGUCGUUCAGUUUGCCGAGACACCCGAGGAGUUCGGGAUCGUUGACUUCACCACGGCCGAGGAGGAGUUGCGGGAGGCUUUGAACGGGCCAGAUAGAUCAUGGUUGGCGACCGAAGCGCCCCCCGCGAAGCCUUUCAACGAGGCCACCGGCGAGUCUGCACCCCAAGAAGCUCAUGAUCUGGUGCAACAGGCCGAAAGACUGGCAUCGGGUCCCGUACUGAGCAAGCUCAAGGAGGCGUCCGACGACCUGUUUGCAUGGGCGGCAGCUCGGGUGGCUCGAUCGCCAAAGGCCGACCUGGAGGAGAUCCUGGGCGACAUGGCUACCUAUGGCAUGGGCGAGAUGGCGGCCGAGGCGUCUAAGAUCCUGGAAAGCCAGUGUGGGCACCGAGCAGGCUCGAACGAAGGGAUCGUGGUGUCGGAAGUCUUUUGGGAGCAGGACCAACCGGGACGGGGCACGGCCGUGAUCGAGGGCGUGACGUGGAUCCUCUGGGACUACAAGGAGGAGAUCUGGAUGUCGGAGGAGCUGGCAGCCAUGCUCCGUCAGCCGGAGGAAGCGUGGGAGAAGCGCCAAUGCGUCACAAAGGCGAUUGCGGCCGGUGUGAUGUGGAGAUGGCUGGCACGGAAGCCCACCUGUGACGAGGUUGGGGCCAAGGCGCUGGAACUACGUUUGGAGCAGACCCGCCAAGCCUUGGAAGCACAGGCAGCAAUGGGUGAACCAGCAGCUCGCGUGGCUCCCAUCGAGGCCGAGAUCCGGGUCUACACCCCCGACAUCGUCCGGGCCAGCCACGAUAAGGACUUCCGAUCACUGGCGGUCUUCCCUUUGCAGGAGCUGGAGGAUUGCAAGCUCAUCGUGAUUCGCGCCGACUAUAAGGGGGACGUGGUGGUGGAGACGGUCACGGGGACUCGCUGGCAGGAGAAUGGGUGGGUCUUGUGGACGCUCAUCUGGCGGGGCCACAUGGUGUUCUUGGAGCCCCCGCUAACCUUGGACGUUGAUGUGUUCCUCGAGCGCUGGCAGGCCUAUGACACGCCCUCGCUCGGCUUCUUGUUCUUGUGGCAUUCGCGUCAUGACCAAGAGCCGACAGCCGCAGGAGCUUCGGUGUGCCGGUUGUGCAAGGGGCGCAAAGCCGGCGAUGUGGCACGGCAGCCGCGUCGUGAUAGCAAUCUCGCGGCGGCGGCCAUCGUGGGUUGCAUCAAAGCUGGGUCGAAGGGCCACGGAAAGGGUGUUCCCGUUCGAGGAGCAGAGCUGUGUCUCCAGGAGGUGUUCGCGGGCACGGGCGUGAUGACCAAAGGGUGGCAGGCCGCUGGGCUUCGUGCUCUGCUAUGA